AAGAAAAGAAUCAGUUCCUGAUAAGACGUUGUCACAAGAACCAACAUGACCAUUGGUGAAGUUUCGCAAGUGGAAUACGCUUGCGGAUGGAACUUAUACACGAUGAAAUUCAUUGGGAUUUGGCCAGAGGAAAGAAGGUUCGAUCAAAUCUCGAGCUACAAAGUGUUAAUAGGGAUUGCAUUCAUCAUCUUGUUCUGCACUAUACCUCAAUCGAUAGUAUUAUAUUUCGAUCGAGACGACUUUAACUUGAUUAUGGAAAACCUAUCUGUGGACAACAUGAAUGGAACGAUCGCAUUCAUAAAGAUGAUCUUCUUCUGGUUUAACGGAGGACAAAUGAAGGAUCUCCUUUCCGCAAUGGAGGAAGACUGGAAGGACGUGGCGACGAAAGAAGAUGAAAGGAAAAUGAUGAAAUUAGCUAAAUUCAGUCGGAUUUUAGCUACGAGAGCAACCGCUAUUUGUUACGCCAUUAUUUCGGUUUAUGCUGUGAAAAAAUGUCUAUCGAUGCGUACCAACGGUCGUGAUCUAUUUCUCUCGGGAUAUUUUCCAUUCGAGACAAUGACUAGUCCAAUGUUCGAAUUGACGUUCAUCUGUCAAAUAAUUGGUUUGGUAUAUUAUACCACAGCAUAUACAGCAGUGGAUACUUUCAUAGCCAUGUUGAUUCUUCAUGUAUGCGGACAACUUUCGAGGCUACAAAAUAAUCUGAUCAAUUUGAAUUCCGAUAUGAAAAAUGAAUUUCAGAUCAAAUUAAGUAACAUUGUAAAAAGGCACGAUUAUUUGAAUAGGUUCGUCGACACGAUAGAGGAUCGAUUCAACAUAAUGUUUCUCUUUCAAAUACUCGGUUGUACCCUUCAAUUGUGUAUCGAAUGUUUCCAAGGACUUAUGUUAAUGGCCGAAGAAGUAGAACAAACGCCGUUAAUAGAGAUCUUUUUCUUCGGUUUCUACAUAUUCUACGUUCUACUUCAACUAUAUCUUUACUGCUACGUCGGUGAAAAACUUUGGUCCGAGAGUACCGAACUGGCUCGUGCCGCAUACGAAUGUAAAUGGUACGAUUUACUACCGAACGAGGCCAGAUCCCUGAUAUUGAUAAUUCAUCGAGCACAAUCACCUUUGCAUCUGACAGCAGGAAAAUUCUUUACUUUAAAUCAUGAACUUUACAGCAGCGUUUUGAAGACGUCAAUGGGCUAUCUAUCUGUUUUACGCGCAACAACGAUAAAUGAUGAACAAUGAUAUUUUCCAUUUAAUUCACAAAUAAUUAGAUUAUCAUAGAAUCGAAUAUAUUCGAGUAAAAAAAAUCGAGAUCAC